AUGUAUCCAGUAUGUAUGCACACUUGUGCCAAUCCAUUCGCAGGCUAUCGUGCACUGCUCCUCUUGCGAUCGGGUCGUAAUUGCAGGUUAUUUGACGAAAAUGGUGUGAUUGGGCGACUGCAGAGGCAACCCAUCGCUCGCGGGAGGGGCGGGAGUGUGGGUUGGUUGGUUUUGGGAAAAAGUUGUCUCAUUUCUGGGCCGGUGCUUGAGACUUCAACUGGCCCCACGUGGGCUAACGACAGAUCAGAAACCGUCUGCAGCACCACCAACAGGCUGCCGAACGGCAAAUUAAGCAACCACGCCUCCAGACGAUUGUCGGCAUGGCCACGUCAAGUGGACGCGUCUUACUUGUUUAUAGCGGCUGGGCUGGCGGGGAUGAUCGCAAUCACAAGCACCGACCCAGAAAAGAGACUAGCUCUAGUCGCCCAACCGAUCCACAUUCUUGCUCCUCCUGCACGAGCUGGCUUCUCUUUCUUCACCCAAUCUCAUUGCCUAUAUCUACCAACAUUUCAUUGCGACAACACAUACGGGAGGCGCAGUGCACGACGACUGUAG